AAUUGAAUCAUUAUGUGAGCUAACUACCUCCUGCCACGUGCUUCAUCUCCCUCUCUGUAUCUCUGACCUUAAUACACCCCCCAGUAAUGGGCAUCCCCUUUUCAGCGUUUUUUAUAUAGCUAUAGAUAGAUAGAUACAUUCUAACAUUCGGAGUAUAUUAAUACAGACAUUUCUCUGUGUAAAUGUAUAUGCCCGUGAUUUAGCUCGGUCCAUUGCUUCUCCCCAGGACGGCCAGGAGGCACCUUGAUCUUGAGCAACCUACCAAACUCAGUUUUGAAUUCAUAGGGGACCAUGGCAACUGGACAACUUUUUUCCAAGACCACCCAGGCGUUGUUUUACAACUUCAAGCAACUUCCCAUCCAACGGAUGCUUGAUUUUGACUUCCUUUGCGGGAGAGAAACGCCUUCUGUUGCUGGAAUUAUAAAUCCUGGUUCAGAAGGAUUCCAAAAGCUCUUCUUCGGUCAGGAGGAGAUUGCAAUUCCAGUACAUUCAGCCAUUGAAACUGCUUGUGCUGCUCACCCUACAGCUGAUGUUUUCAUUAACUUUGCAUCCUUUAGAAGUGCUGCCGCUUCCUCCAUGGCUGCUCUCAAACAACCAACUAUCAGAGUUGUUGCAAUUAUAGCUGAAGGUGUUCCUGAGUUAGACACCAAACAGUUGAUAGCCUAUGCGAAGGCAAACAACAAGGUUGUUAUUGGUCCUGCUACAGUUGGUGGAAUUCAAGCGGGUGCUUUUAGAAUUGGUGAUACUGCUGGAACAAUUGAUAACAUUAUUCAAUGCAAGCUAUACAGACCUGGAUCUGUUGGAUUUGUCUCCAAAUCAGGUGGUAUGUCAAAUGAAAUGUACAACACCAUUGCCAGAGUGACAGAUGGAAUCUAUGAAGGUAUCGCAAUAGGAGGAGACGUGUUUCCCGGCUCAACACUGUCUGAUCAUGUUCUGCGAUUUAACAAUAUUCCACAGGUUAAACUGAUAGUUGUUCUUGGGGAACUUGGUGGAAGGGAUGAAUAUUCAUUAGUUGAAGCCCUAAAACAAGGAAAGAUUAGCAAGCCUGUGGUUGCUUGGGUUAGUGGUACUUGUGCAACGCUCUUCAAGUCAGAAGUUCAGUUUGGUCAUGCGGGAGCAAAGAGUGGUGGAGAGUUGGAAUCUGCGCAGGCAAAGAAUCAAGCCCUACGGGAUGCUGGUGCAGUGGUGCCCACCUCGUUUGAAGCUUUUGAAGGAGUGAUCAGUGAAACAUUUAAGAAAUUGGUUGAAGCAGGAAAUAUUUCUCCAGUUAAAGAAGUGACACCUCCACUAAUUCCGGAAGAUCUUAACACUGCAAUUAAGAGUGGAAAAGUUCGGGCUCCUACUCAUAUUAUUUCUACUAUAUCAGAUGAUAGAGGUGAAGAGCCAUGCUAUGCUGGUGUUGCAAUGUCUUCCAUAAUCGAACAGGGAUUAGGCGUGGGUGAUGUCAUUUCCCUGUUGUGGUUUAAACGCAGCCUUCCUCGUUACUGUGCUCGCUUUAUUGAGAUUUGCAUCAUGCUAUGUGCUGAUCACGGCCCUUGCGUAUCUGGGGCCCACAACACAAUAGUCACUGCCAGGGCAGGAAAAGAUCUAGUCUCUAGCCUUGUUUCUGGGCUGUUAACUAUUGGUCCCCGUUUCGGUGGUGCUAUUGAUGAUGCCGCUCGGUAUUUCAAAGAUGCUUAUGACCGCGGGCUUACACCUUAUGAAUUUGUGGAAAGUAUGAAAAAGAAGGGCAUUCGAGUGCCAGGAAUCGGUCACAGGAUAAAGAGAGGUGACAACAGAGAUAAGAGAGUGGAGCUGCUACAACGCUAUGCCCGUGAAAAUUUCCCAUCUGUGAAGUACAUGGAAUAUGCUGUUGAGGUUGAAACCUACACACUCUCCAAGGCAAACAACCUCGUCCUUAAUGUUGAUGGUGCUAUUGGGUCACUCUUCUUAGAUCUCCUAGCAGGAAGCGGAAUGUUCACUAAGCAAGAGAUUGAUGAGAUUGUUGGGAUCGGUUACCUCAAUGGACUCUUUGUCCUCGCCCGUUCCAUUGGUCUCAUCGGGCACACGUUUGACCAGAAGAGAUUAAAGCAGCCGCUUUACCGCCACCCGUGGGAAGAUGUUCUCUACACCAAGUGAAGUUUGCAUCUCUCAUCAUUGAUGAAUCGCCCUACAAACAACAAUAUAAUUUUCACUCCAGGAAAAGGAAAGACGUUUCACAUCUUUUGGGACUAAAAGAAUGAUUUUGUUAUGAUAACAACAAUAAUAGGAGGGCUAUGGAGAAGAGGGCUCUGUUUUCAUUAUUAUAAGUUUUUUCAAAUAUACUAUUCUGAAUAGUUGGUUAGGGGAGAGACCGGAGAGUGAGUAGAAAUAUAAAAUCUUCAUCAUCACCCUCAGCUCAAUGUUCCCACAAAUCAUGAAUUGUAGCAACACGGUUUCUCUUAAGUUUUAACUCCAUUAUUGCCUUAUUGGUCUUUGCGUCUUUCAUCUUGUUUGAUAUUUUAUCAUUCGAGGAAUGUGCUAUUUUCAUGUUAUAUAUUCGGGUAAUGCGUUUUUCUCCA